AUGCCACCAAAUACUUCUAUUGGUCCAGCCGAUACACCAAGCACUUUGGCGGAAGAAGAAAGCUUGAAGCAGCUGAUCGAGACAACCCCAUUCUUCGACGUUGAGAUUUCAAAAGAUGCACUUUUUGAUGGAGCAUUCAAAGUAGUUUCUUGCGUUUUUCCCCACUGGAAAUAUGAAGACAUUCAAUUUUUUCAGUGUAAAGACGGUAUUACCAAUCAAUUGGUUCGAGUAACAUAUAUGCCCACUGCUUUUUCAGUGCUAGUACGCGCUUAUGGCAAAGGUUCUGAGCGCUUAAUUGACCGCAAACAGGAAAUUAUUAAUAUCAUCACCUUGGCUUCGCAGAAUAUGUGUCCACCACUAUAUGCUAGAUUCAAAAAUGGUCUUGUGUACGGUUUUAUAAAAGGAAAGGUCUCCACAGUUGAAGAAUUAGGGCAAGAAAAAACAGCCGAAUGGAUAGCUAAAAAGCUUGCAAAAUGGCAUAAAGUUAAACUACCUCAAACACAACAUCAUCCAGGGAGUGACAAGAAAGAACAGCAAAAAUUAUGGGCAACUAUGUAUAAAUGGUUAGAACAAGUACCUGAAAAAUAUGAAAAUGCAAGCACGCAGUCGAUUUUUGAAACAAAUUUCGACAUGAAAAAGAUUAGAUCAGAGUUGGAGACGUUGAUCGAAUCAUUAGAAACACUUGAGUCGCCUAUUGUUUUCUCGCAUAAUGAUUUACUAUAUGGAAACAUUAUUUUUGAUGAAGAAAAGGGUACGGAAAAAAAAACAAACAAAUUAAAAGCCUCUACUUCUGUUGGAUUUCGAAUAACAUUUUUUGCCCAUCCAAUAGAGGAAGCCAACUUUAUAGACUAUGAAUAUGGCUGUUAUGCUUUCCGUGGCUUCGAUAUUGGCAACCACUUCAAUGAAUUUGCUGGAUUCGAGUGCGAAUAUUGGAGAUACCCUUCAAAAGAAUUUCAAUUAAAAUGGUUUGAUUGGUAUCUAACGGAAUACAACAAUGGAGUUGAACCAACAAAAGAGGAAAAAUUGAAAUUAUAUAAAGAAGUAAACGGAUUUGCAUUAGCAUCGCAUUAUUAUUGGGGAUUAUGGGCAAUGAUACAAGCAAUGGUUUCUGAUAUUGAUUUCAACUAUAUGGAAUAUGCAGUGUUGAGAUUUGAAGAGUACGAAAAACGCAAGAAUGAAGUUCUAUUGAAAAAUCUGACUGUGUAA